ACCUAAAUAAAUACGCUAUACUCAAUUCUAGGUUUCUUUGCGUUUUUCCAAAUAUUCUGCGUUCAUAAUAAUCAGUGGUUUUUGAAGUUCUUAAUUCGUUUGUUUAAUCCCAGUAAGAUUCUGUCGAACGGUGAAGUUUCAAAGAGAGAUUUGAUAACAAUGGUAGAAGAUAAUAAUCUUGGGCCGUUAGACCCGACAACAAAGAAGAAGAAAAAUUCUCCAGAUGAUACCAUGGAACAGAAAACUGAAAGCUUAUCUGUUUCUGGCAGCCUUGAACCUACUUUUAAUGGGUCGAAAAAGAAAAAGAAGAAACCGAUAUAUACAGAUCUCUUGGAUGACGUUAAAGAUAAUGGUGAAGAAGGUGAAGGUAUUGUCCUGGAACAACAACGACUUCCAAGGGAAGGGACUGAUCGUGUCUACACAUAUGAAGAGCUUCUAGGUCGAGUUUUCCGUAUUAUUCAUGAACACGACCCUGAACUUGCUGGAGAUAGAAGGAGAACCGUCUUUAGGCCACCACUGCCACAAGUUCUUCGUGAAGGAACCAAGAAAACAGUUUUUGUGAAUUUCAUGGAUCUGUGCAAAUCAAUGCGUAGGGAACCAGAGCACGUUAUGACCUUCCUGCUAGCCGAGUUGGGCAAUAGCGGAUCUCUUGAUGGACAACAAAGGUUGGUAGUGAAGGGAAGAUAUGCACCAAAAAAUUUUGAAGCAAUUUUACGGCGAUACCUCAACGAGUAUGUCAUUUGCAAUGGUUGCAAGAGCGCCGAAACAUCUAUUAAGAAGAAAAAUCGUAUUUCCUUCCUCAUAUGUGAGAAGUGUGGUUCGGAUCGAUCUGUUGCUCAGAUCAAGGCCGGGUUUAGAGCUCUUGUUGGCCGUAGGAAGGCUGGAACAUAAUUUUGGCCAAUGCAUGUUGGAUUGUUUUCUGCAUCAGCUUAUCUGGCUUGACUAUUGUGCCUAAAUGAAUUUUUAUGUUGGUGUGCAUUUAAAUCACACCUAAAUUGAAUCAAAUUGGCCGAUUUGUUUGGUUUGAGAUUUAUAUGGCAUGUCUCAUUGUUUUCUAUGGUA